AUGGCAUGCACUGAAGAACCUAAGAUUCGAUCGGAUAUUAUGGUGGAUUGUACUAGUCAUUUUACAGCUAAACAGGUUUUCGACAGUAAAGAUGAAUUACUCACUUGGGUACGAGACAUUGGAAGGAUAAAUGGCUUUGUUAUUAUUAUAAGGGCAUCGGACUAUGGUGGCGGUCGUAAGAGACCAAGAAUUUAUCUUGCUUGUGAGCGGAGUGGGAAGUAUAGAUUGCGUAAAAAGCUGAAAGAUGGCCCAAAAGACUUAUUGAGACAAACUGGUACAAAGAAGUGCGAAUGUCCAUUUGAAUUGAGGGCAUUCAAGUUGAGAACAAACGAUGAAUGGACAUUGAAUGUAGUUUGCGGGCUGCAUAAUCAUCCAGCUGCGAAGCAUCUCCAAGGACAUUCAUAUGCAGGGAGAUUGUCAGCUAAUGAAAAGUCACUAUUAGUUGAUAUGUCAAAGAGCCUAGUAAGACCAAAAGAGAUACUCAUUACACUCAAACAGAGGAUGAGCACAAUGAAGAUAGUUUACAAUGUACGACAUCGAUGUAGGGUUCUACAGAAAGCUGGUAGAUCCCAGAUGCAAUAA